AUGCGGACGAAGGCCCGCGCAGCUUACGACUUCUUGAUGGCCUCGGAUGACACACCCUAUGCGACCUUUGUGGCCGAGCACGCGGAGUUUCUGGAAGAACACCCCGGCGCUGACGAGCUCACUCGCCGUCGCCGGCUACAAUUCAUUGAACGCGUCGGCGUGGAGUGCGCCCUCUGGCCUGGUUUGUUCUGGGAUGUGAAGCGCACCUUCACUCACGAGCGUGCCACGGACCCCAGGCGGGUGAUUCGGCAGGAGCGGGCAGCCACCUUGGAGGACGUGCUGAAUGCCGGUCGGCCUGCUGGGCGUGUAGCCUUUCCUGCAGAAAGCGAUGAGGAGGUGGAGGGCAACGAUGACAGCGAAGAAGAGGAGAGCCAGCUGGCAAAUGAGGAGGACGCAGAAGCAAAUGACGCCACGCGCCACAGCAUGAAACGGCUCUUUGCUGCCUUGGCACUGGGUCGUCUCCUGGGCUAUGCUGCAGACUUCGAGCUGCUCCAGUUCGUCUAUGACCUCAACCUCUGGAGCAGCAUCGGUUCCAAGAAGAACCUGCAGCUGCCAACGCCGAUGCGCCUCACGCUCAAGGGCGAGGCCUUCAGCCCUCACUAUUGGCGUGGAGUGCACUAUGCCUUGCUGGACAUGGUGCGGCAGAUCGGCUACCCUCGCAUCUUCUUCACCAUCGCCCCCUACGAAUGGAGCUUCCCCUAUCACGAGUGGGUCCGCGACGAGAUGCAGAAGAUGCUCAAGGAGCGCCUCUUCCUGCCGGUGGCGGAGACGCUGCACAUAGUGCACGUCAUGGUCCAAGCUGUGAAAGGCUUGUUGUUGGGGCAAACGGGGGGACAUGGGCACAAGGCGUGGAAGAGCAACAUCUUCCGCGUUCUUGACGAGCGGGGACAGGCCUGUCGCCUGCACUUCUUCCUGCGGCUCGAGUAUCAGGAUGGCACUCGCAAGGCAGCCACGCAGGACUACCACGGCUCGGGCCGGGUCCACGUGCAUGUCGUCAUCUUCGUGAAGCCUGAGCACGUCGAGCAGCUGGAUCUGGCGGAGACCGUGUCCGCCACUUUGCCCGAAGACGCGGACCUCCGUGGCUACGUCGAAGGCAGCCAGUACGAUCAGGAAAAGAAGAGCGGCUGGCCCAUCCACGAGGCACCAAGCUGCUUUGACCGUGAGGCUGGUGCAUGGCGCUUGCAGCACACGGAGGACGACCAUGCCGAGGGCCUGCGCCCCUACCUCGUCGACCUCAUGGAGGUGCUCCGCUGCCACCAAGACUUCCAGAUGUGCGACGACGACGGCCUACUCCGCGCCUACGUCACCAAGUACGUCAGCAAGUUCUCGGACGCGGCCAGCGAGGAGUGGCUCAACGACGAUGCUGACGCCAUGAGCAUCGCCGCCACGGUCCUCAUGCGCUACCGGCCGCUGGAGCCCGAGAUGGUGCUGCAGCUCUUCGGUGCCAAGUUCCGCCAGUGGCACCUCUCCACCCAGAGCGGCGGCAAGCGCGACUUGGUGGCGCCCUACCCUGACCAGGAGCCCAAGUUGCGCGAGGUGGAGCUGUACGAGCAGGCGGAAUGGGCUCGUGGCCGCAUCAGCCUCCUCGACUACCUGCGCAAGACCACGGCCGAGGGGAAGAUCUGCCACUGGCUCAAGAAGAAACACGUGCAGUCUGGCGGCGGCGCCACCCUAGAGGACUUUGCUGCGAACUACGUGAUGCAAGGCGAGAAAGUCGUGGCCGCCGAGACAGUUUCCAAGUUCAACGACCGCUACUUUGGCCAGUGGCUCAUGCUUCAUGUUCCCUUCGAGGAAGCCACGGACUUCUGCGUGCCGGAGCACGUCGCCCAACGGCUUCCGGAGGCACACAAGUACUUCGCCAUGGCAAUCCUCUGCGAGCACCCGGCGGCGCAGGCCAUGUGGCAGGACGACGAGAAGAUCCGCGCCGAGCUGAAGAUGGAGGCACACACCAAGGAUCACGUGGACACCAUCCUGGCCAUGAUCCGUGCGCAUCGCGGCUUGCUUCAGGAAUACCUUGAUGGCACCCUGGAUGCCCGAGAGGACCGGCAAACCCAGGAGAAGUGCCGCAGCAAGACGAAGACCUGCAAGAAGAAAGCAGGCCCCGUGGACGCUAGCAAGUUCAACAGGCAGCAACUCCGAGCCUCGUCUGCAUCAAAAAACCUGGUGGAGAUGGUUUGUGUAUUUUUGUGUUGA